AGGGGUGUCCCUGCCCGCUGCCGCCCCACCCCCCCUUUCCAGGCUGGGCGCCCCAGCCUGGUCUCUGAGAUGGCGGGGGGUUGUGUGUGUGCCCGCGGCCGCGUGCGGCUAGUGCGGCUGAGGAGCCGGGGUUAAUUGUAUCUAAUUUCAUAGGACUUGUAUUGCCACACGGGGCUGCUCGCUGCCGUAUUGGAAGACGAUGAGACGUUUUUGAGUGGGGUUAGCUUAAGAGCUCAGAAAACCGAGGAGGGGACUGGUGAUUGAUAAUAGUUGCAGCUGAUAUAGAAUUUUUACGAUCUGCCAGGUAGUUCCUGUUCUGUGCGUGUCCAUCGUUUCAUUCACUCCUCGGAGCUCCUCUGUGCUCCUGUAUUUAGAGAGGAGGAAACGGGCAGCCAGGUCAGGUAACUCGGUCAGAGGACACAGGCGGUGAGAGCUGGCGCUGGAGUUUGAAUUCAGGUUGUCUAACUUCCAAAGCCUGCGUGCUUCCUAACAGAGCUGAUUUCACAGAGAUGAUGAGAGCCUUGGGAUACCCUCGACAUAUCUCUAUGGAAAAUUUCCGCACACCAAAUUUUGGACUUGUGUCUGAAGUGCUUCUUUGGCUGGUGAAACGGUAUGAACCUCACACUGACAUCCCUUCAGAUGUGGAGACUGAACAAGACCGAGUUUUCUUCAUUAAGGCAAUUGCCCAGUUCAUGGCCACCAAGGCACAUAUAAAACUCAAUACCAAGAAGCUUUAUCAGGCAGAUGGGUAUGCAGUGAAAGAACUUCUCAAGAUCACCUCUGUCCUUUAUAACGCCAUGAAGACCAAAGGGCUGGAGGGCUCGAAGAUAGGAGAGGACGUCAGCAAAUUCAAGUUUGAUCUUGGCUCAAAGAUUGCAGACUUGAAAGCAGCCAGGCAGCUUGCUUCUGAGAUCACAUCCAGAGGGGCCUCUCUGUAUGACCUGCUGGGCAAGGAGGUGGAGCUGAGGGAACUGAGAACAGAAGCAAUUGCCAGACCUCUAGAAAUAAAUGAGACUGAAAAAGUGAUGAGAAUUGCAAUAAAAGACAUUCUGGCACAGGUUCAGAAGACUAAAGACCUGCUCAAUAACGUGGCCUCUGACGAAGCUAAUUUAGAAGCCAAAAUUGAGAAGAGGAAAUUAGAACUGGAAAGAAAUCGGAAGCGACUCCAGACUCUGCAGAGUGUCAGGCCGGCCUUUAUGGAUGAAUAUGAGAAGAUCGAGGAGGAGUUGCAGAAGCAGUAUGACGUUUAUCUGGAGAAAUUUCGAAAUCUGGCUUAUCUGGAACAGCAGCUUGAAGACCAUCAUAGGAUGGAGCAAGAGAGGUUUGAGGAAGCUGAGAACACUCUGCGUCUGAUGCAGAACAAGCUGAAGGAAGAAGAAAAGCGUCUGCUCAAGACUGAAGGUCAUGACGACUCGGACAUUGACAUCCAGGAGGAAGAUGAAUCUGACAGUGACUUGGAGGAGAGACGGCUGUCCAAGCCGCGGACGGCCAUGGAGGUGCUCAUGCAAGGAAGACCUAGCAAACUCAUCGUGGGCACAAUGCAGGGUGGAGACUCCGAUGACGACACGGAAGCAGCACCAGCUCUCUUAGGUCAGUGCAGGACUUCCAGCUCCAAGAAGCAGGAGGAGUCGGAGGACAGUGAGAUUGACAUGGAGGGCGAUGAAGAAGACGACGAUUUGGAAGACGAGAGCGUUGCUGUCUCGCCAGCGAAGCCCAGUCGAAGGGUCCGGAAACCUGAGCCCCUGGAUGAGAGCGACAAUGACUUCUGACCUUUGUGCCAAGAGACCGGACAGAUUAAAUCCCUCAGAUCUGUAGGUAAACGGGAAGUUAGAAGGUUAGGAGGGAAACCGAUUUCACGCACUAAACCAGCUGGACUUGUUAGUGAAGCAACACCUCGGUCUUUAGCCUCCUCCGGGUUACUCCACGGAGCUUCAGCGAACUUGGGAAACGCCUGUGUUCUAAGCGAUGCACCUCCACAGGACGAAAACCCGAGGAGAAAUAAGGGCCAACGCUGUUCAUCUUGGCAGUUGUUGUCAAGCGUUUCCGCCAAGAGUCGGGGGUGGGGGGGUUAGACCCGGGCUGGGCACAGGACUCAGUUUAGGAAUUGGCCGGAGGGGGGCGGGGAGGCACCUGACUCCUCUCGACCUGUACAAUUUAGAACAUUUACUGUACUUCGGCUUUUAAUUCUAGCUUUUAUUUCGUUGUAUGGUCCUAUUUCCUUCUGCAUGUUUGCAAUACCAAGCUUUAAAUGUAUUUUACUAAAAUUUUCUGAAUGAAAGUUAGCUAAGUUAGAUGAAAACCCACUUUCCUUCAAAUCCAGGCAACAGAGAGACGCUCCAGAAUAGAAGCACUUCAUUUUCUCUCAGAAGGUUGACAUCCCUUCCUAGGAAAGCUAGUUAAAGGAAAGGUGUUUCUGACUAAAAAACUUAACCAGGAUUGCAUUAGGUUGAGUAUCACUAGGAUAAUGUCGCUGAUGUGAAGUGAGAAGUGACAGGUGGAGUUGUGUCGUAUUAUUUCUGAUACGGAAACGCAGAGCAGCUCUCACAGAUUUUUCAGUUAUGAACGCAGAAGACUUCUGAAGUUACUUAACUCUUAACAAAUGUAUUUAAUACCGUAUUUUUAUAUUAUUAAAUAAGUUUUACUUGAAACUAUAA